CCACGUGACGAAGCCGCGGGGCCGCUCCCGGGCUGUCAUGGCGGCUGCGCGCCAAGAUCCGGGGUCCAGGCCUGAUGGGGGCGUCCGCUUCUUCUGCACCGCGGGCCGGGGCCUGGAGCCGUUCCUGAUGCAGGAGGUGCGCGCGCGGCUGGCGGCCACGCAGGUUGAAUAUAUUUCAGGAAAGGUUUUUUUCACCACCUCUUCUGAUUUGAAUAUGCUAAAGAAAUUAAAAUCUGCAGAAAGAUUAUUUUUGCUAAUUAAAAAGCAGUCUCCAUUUACUGUUUCUUCUCCACGUAAAGGAAAAAUAUUUAAUGAAAUACAAAAACUUAUAAAUGAUGAUCCAGGAAGUUGGUUGAAUACCAUUUCAAUUUGGAAAAAUCUUCUUGAACUUGAUACAAAAAAGGAAAAACUUUCUCAAAGGGCUUCUAACCCACUAAAAAGAAAAAUGGGAGAAAAUGAAAUUAUUGCUAAGAAAUUAAAAGUAGAAGAAAUGCAAAAGAUUGAAACAACUCAUAAGGAAUGCCAGCUGGAAAAACAAAUAAAAGAAAAUGCACUCGAGCAAAGAGAUUCUGUCACUGGCCAAGAAACACUUCAAGAAGAAGGAUGUCAGAAUGAUGUAGGGAAAGCAGUUGAUGCUCAUAACCAGGACGACUUGACUUUCCGGGUUUCUUGUCGCUGCAGUGGAACUAUCGGAAAAGCCUUUACUGCACAGGAGAUAGGAAGAGUAAUUGGAAUUGCUCUUAUGAAGCAGUUUGGAUGGAAAACAGAUUUGAGGACUCCAAAUUUAGAGAUCUUUGUACAUUUAAAUGACAUUUACUUUGUGGUGGGGAUUCCUGUGUUCAGAAUCCCCUUAGCCAGCAGAACUUAUAUCAAGACUGCUGGACUUCGAUCCACCAUCGCGUGGGCAAUGGCAUCUCUUGCAGAAAUUAAGCCUGGUGCAUUUGUUUUAGAUCCAAUGUGCGGACUUGGAACAAUACUUUUGGAAGCUGCUAAAGAAUGGCCAAGUGCGUACUAUAUGGGUGCUGAUGUCAGCGACUCACAGUUACUUGGCGCAUGUGACAAUCUGAAAGCUGCAGGCCUUAAGGAUAAAAUUGAGUUGCUUAAAGUCUCUGUUAUAGAAUUGCCACUGCCUUCAGACAGUGUUGAUAUUAUUAUUUCUGACAUUCCAUUUGGAAAAAAGUUUAAAUUAGGAAAAGACAUCAAAAGCAUUCUACAGGAAAUGGAAAGAGUGCUGCAUGUUGGUGGAACCAUUGUCUUGUUGCUUAAUGAAGAUCACCACAGGCUCCUUAAAGACUGCAGAGAGGGCAAUAGCCCUCUCAACUCCAAGGGCAGCCACACCCAUGAACCUGAAAUUAAGAAAUGCUUGAAUCCUGAAGAAAACACUGGCACAUCAGAGAUGGUUCCAUCUUCACAUGAAACCAGUAACAACGCGUGCUUAAACAAGAUGUCACCUUUUGGCUCUUUGGUGCCAGUGGAAUACUACAAAGUUAGCUUAGGAAAAACAGAAGCAUUCAUAUGCAAGUAUAAGAAGUCACACAGUUCUGGACUGUAAUGGGUUUGGGCUUGCUGCUAGCGAGCCAGGUGGAAUCCUGUUUGUCCUGAGACUUUUUUUUUUUUUUUUUUUGGCACUGGGGAUUGUACCCAGGACUGUCCCACCACUGAGCUAUAUUCUCAGCACUUGCUAUUUUUAAAUUUUGACACAGGAGACGGGGACUCACUCAGUUACAUAGGCUGGCCUCGAACUUUGAUCCUCCUGCCUCAGCCUCCUGAGUAGCUGCAUACUAUCUUAGACCACCACACUUGCUCUGAGAUUCUUUAUAGCACCCACAGUUUCAAGUAAAUACUCCCCUGAAGACAGGAGCUAUGGUGAAUUGGCACCCUCUCAUUAAGAAUUUCUGCUUUAUGCUCCAAAGCACUCUACAUUCUUGACAAAGAAAAGUCAUUGAAUAUUUUGGGAAAAAACUCAUGUUCUAAGGUCUGUCAAUAUGAAAAUCCUGUUCUGCCAUGCACAAUUUAUGAGCAGAGACUUCUGCUUCCAAAUAAAUAUUUCUAAGGGUUCACAUGAAUCCUUCAGUCAACACAAGGUUGAGAAAUUUUAACUAUCAGGUUGUAGAAAUGUAGAAACCUUUAUGUGUAACUUCUUUUGAUAUUAAACUUGAUUUUUUUGAACCUAUAA